AUGGGAAAUCCAGGCUGCUCUGGAGCUGGUGGGGUACUUCGUGACUCGGACGGUAACGUACUGCGGGCCUUCUCAUCAUUUUUGGGCGUAAGGACAAAUAUGGAGGCAGAAUCAUUGGCGCUACUGGAGGGUAUACAGAUCUCAUCCACGUUCCAAUUCCUGCAAGUUGAAAUGGACUCUCAGGUGUUGCUGAAUAUGAUGAAUAGCGGGGGUAGGGUGCCUUGGAAGUUAUGGGAAACGGUCUCUCGUAUCAGGUCUCUAGUGAUGGGUCGACAGAUCAGCUUCACUCACGUCUACAGAUAA